CAGCUGCCACACACGUUUCUACAUCCGAGCAGCUGCUUGACUCGUAACGAACAAAACUCAUUUCAGAGAAAAGGACUUUUAACUAGGUUUUUUAUUUUUUAUUAAAGAAAAUUAAUUUACAGUAGUCAUCAUGAGCACUCUGAACCAACAGUAUGAGGAGAAGGUGCGUCCCUGCAUUGACCUCAUUGACUCUCUCCGCUCUCUGGGAGUAGAGAAGGACCUGGCGCUGCCUGCUAUCGCCGUCAUCGGAGACCAAAGCUCGGGGAAGAGCUCCGUGCUGGAGGCGCUGUCAGGGGUGGCUCUGCCAAGAGGAAGUGGCAUUGUGACAAGAUGUCCUCUGGAACUGAAGAUGAAGAGAAUGAAAGAAGGAGAGGAGUGGUAUGGAAAGAUAAGCUACCAGGGCAUUGAGGAAGAGAUAGAGAGCCCUGCAGAUGUGGAGGAGAAAUGUAGAAAAGCUCUGGGUAAAAUAGCUAGGUCCUGGUUGAGCAUCAGUGAAGAACUCAUCAGUCUGGAGAUCUGCUCUGCUCAUGUUCCAGACCUGACGCUCAUUGACCUGCCCAGCAUCACCAGAGUGGCUGUAAAGGGACAACCAGAGAACAUUGGAGAGCAGAUAAAGACACUAAUCCGGAAGUACAUUUCAAGACAAAAAACCACCAUCUUGGUGGUUGUUCCAUGCAACGUGGACAUAGCAACCACUGAGGCUUUGAAGAUGGCACAGGAGGUGGAUCUUGGUGGAGAGAGGACUCUGGGUAUCUUGACCAAGCCUGACCUGGUGGACAAAGGAACAGAAGAGACAGUCGUUGCAGUUGUUCGUAACGAGGUCAUCCCCCUGAAGAAGGGCUACAUGAUCGUCAGGUGCAGGGGUCAGGAGGAGAUCAAAAAGAAGGUGUCUUUUCCUGAAGUGAUAGAAAAAGAGAAAGCCUUCUUUAAAAAACAUGUGUAUUUCCAGACGCUCUAUGAUGAAGGCCAUGCUACUGUUACUAAACUUGCUGAGAAACUCACACAUGAGCUGUCGCAUCACAUUGAGACAUCACUGCCUCGAAUAGAAGAGCAGAUAGAGGAGAAACUAGAAGAGACUCAGGCAGAGUUGGAGAAAUAUGGCAGUGAACCUCCAUCUGAUGAAGCUGAGAGACGAGUCUUCCUCAUUGAUAAAGUGACAGCAUUCACUCAGGAUGCCAUCAGUCUGACUACAGGAGAGGAACUCAAGUGUGGAGACAAGCCCAAUGUCUUUUCUACACUCAGAAGAGAGUUUGGGAAGUGGAACACCCACCUGGACCGAUCAGGAGAAAAGUUUAACAAGAGGAUUGAGAAGGAGGUGGAGAAAUACGAGGAGAAGUACCGUGGAAGAGAACUGCCGGGCUUCAUCAACUACAAGACCUUUGAGGUCAUGGUGAAGGAGCAGAUCAGACAGCUGGAAGAACCAGCUGUCAUUAAUCUCAAGGAAAUAGGAGAUGCUGUGACGAAGGCGUUCAUACAACUGGCCGAAAGCAGCUUCACUAGAUUUCCUGAACUUGUGAAAAAAGCCAAAGCAAAGAUCGGAGACAUAAUGAGAAAACUGCUGUCCACCGCUCAAUCCAUGCUGAGAACCCAGUUCAAGAUGGAGCUGCUUGUUUCCUCUGUGGACAGGACCUACAGCAGCAGUCUGAGUGAGAGCAAGAGAGAGAAGGAUGAAGACAAACUGAAAGGAAAGAAUAUUGUGCGCAACAUGGAUAACCAUGCAACACUUCAGGAAAUUAUGUUGCACAUUAAAUCAUAUUACAAAAUUGCCAGCCAAAAUCUGGCUUACCAGAUCCCACUAGUGAUCCGCUACCACAUCUUGCAGGAGUCUGCCAUCCAGCUGCAGAGGGAGAUGCUGCAGGUAACUCAGGAAGAAAAAGAUAUGUAUAAACUGCUGUGCCAAGAUUAUGACCUUGAUAUGAAGAGGACUGCUUUGCAGGGUCAAUUUAAACGCCUCAUGGAGGCCCGCACAUGCCUGGCGGAGCUCUAGAGGAGGUCAUGGCCUGACAGCAUGAGUUUGUUUUUGAUUGUUUGUUUGCUUUUCAUACUCAUAACAUAUAUUCAUGGGCUGGGGAAUGGAUAUAUUAUUUGUCACACUGGGUAUUGUAUGUAGGAUUAUUAUUAUUGUUGUUGCUGUUGUUAUUAUAUUAUACAUCAUACAUUGAUUUAUUAUUUCAUACGGCUAAAUCAGAAUGUGUGAACGUCUUUAUAUGAGCACCUGAAGUUCCUGAUGCACCGUUUGAUGAUUUGGCCUGAACACAUGUCUUAACAUUUAGAUAAUCAGAUCAUGGUGGAACAGACUGGGUGCAUUAUAAUAAUUGUGUUAGAUUUUUCUAUUGUUUUUUCUGUUGUUUAAAUGCAUCAAAUUGAUUAUUGUAAAAGACACCAAGAAUUAGAUAACACUUGCAAAUUCAACAAACCCUGCUUUAGAGAAGCCACGUUGUCUUGAUGAAAAUAGCAAAA